AAAACAGUAUAAAAGUUUGAAUCGUUAUUUCUGUAUAACGAAAUAGAUAUGAUAGGUUUUAUCAGUUGGAACUAAGGUUAAAUAAAUAGAGAAAGAUGAUUAGAUUUACCAUUCAUCAGGAGAUUUAUUUAUUAUCAGAGAAAGCGAUAAAUGAUUUAUAAGUAAAGAAAAAGUUGAGCAAGGAUGAUUAUUUUAAUCUAUUGAUACAGCUUAAAGAUAAGAAACUAAUCAAAUAGGAGAUAGUAUGAAGUGUAAAAGUAUUUGAUGAGAACUAUACAGGAUUUAUUGUGAUACAAAAGAAUUAAUGGGUAUAGUUUAAUAAAUAGGAGAUGAAGGAAUAGAGACAGAUUUUAAUUGAUAUUAAAUAGUUUAAAAGGAAAGGAG